GACAAGUCUCUACGGUUUGGAGAGAAAGAAACUACAAGCUCCAGAAGCCACUGGGACUCCACUGCCAGUCUCGCCUCGCCCCUUCUCCACUACCUCCUGGUGCAAAAAUGGCUGGAAGCGGUAGCGGUUCCAGAGGCAAUAUCCCCGAUUAUGAGACCGUGGAGCUGAACACUCGGGCGUUCCACGUGGGCGCCUUUGGGGCUCUUUGGAAGGAGGCGCUGCGCAAGGAAGACGUGUCUCUCCAGCAGGCGGAACCUGCGGACGACGAGGCGGCGCUGAUGGAGGAUUUUCUCUGCACGCCGGAGAUCGCGGCAGAGUUGAGGGCUGUGUGCAGCAUUGCUGCACUGAAGAGCUCUGAUAAAGAAGAUUCACAAGUGAUACCUGAAGAUACCAACUUAAUAACUCUUAAAAUUCGGCAGAAGGCUCUGGAGAGGCGAGAAGAAACCAUCAUUGUUGAUCGUGCAUGUAGACAAGAAACAUUUAUUCAUGAGAUGGAAUCCCAUGCAAUUGGAAAGAGGCCAAAAGAUCCAGGGAAUCUAAUUGACGAAACUGAGCUUGUUUUAACUCUCAAUAUUUUUUAUCCAGUUAUAUUUCAAAAGCAUAAGCUCCGAAAGCCGUAUCAGACCCUGUUGGUCCUGGGGACCCAAAAACUUACUGAGCUCCGAGAUUGCAUUUCCUGUGUUAGUGACCUUCAGAUUGGUGGGGAGUUCAGCAAUCAUCCUGAUCAGGCCCCAGAAAAUAUCAGCAAGGAUCUCUAUAAGUCUGCCUUCUUUUAUUUUGAAGGUGUUUUUUAUAAUGACAGCAGGUAUGCUGAAUGCAGAGAUUUGAGCAGGACAAUUAUUGAGUGGGCAGAAUCCCGUGACCGAGGUUAUGGAAAUCUUCAGGCUGCUCAAAUGGAAGACUACACCUUUAAUGAUCUGAACAUAAAAAUAGGUUUCCCAUACCUUUAUGGUCAUCAAGGAGACUGUGAGCACAUUGUUAUUAUCACAGAUAUCAGGCUUAUUCAUCGGGAUGACUGCCUGGACAGAAGCCUCUAUCCCUUAUUAACCAAGAAACAUUGGCUAUGGACUAAAAAGUGUUUUGUAUGCAAGAUGUACACAGCCAGGUGGGUAACCAAUGAAGACAGUCUUGCUCCACAAGAGCCCUCAUUCUUUUGCGAUGUCUGUUUUCAAACACUGCACUAUGAUGCAGAUGGGAACAAGUUGGGGGAGUUCCUUGCCUACCCUUAUGUUGAUCCAGGGAUUUUCAACUGAGACUUCUCAAAGAAGAUGGAAGAUGAAAUAAUAUGGUAUCUACUUCAGUGCCUGUUGGAAAAUGGAGCAUCCAACACUGUGGUUAAGCAAUGAACAGCUUUUUUUCAAUAUGUCUACUUAAUAUACUUAAACAUACUUCAGUAUGUUUACACACACACACACUCACACACGUCUAU